CCUUGUGUCUCAUUGCUGCGGGAUGGAAGCGGCUCCGGACAGCUGGUGGCCCGUACGGGGACCCUGUGAUUGCCCCCGCGCCCUCUGCGACUCCUGUGACUGCGUUGAGAGACGGAACCAGGAAAGGAACCAGUGUGGAUUCCAGAACGACGGUGAGGAUCUCCAACGCGCUGCGGACGGAGGAACCACAGGAGCUGGGAAAUGACUCCGUCACCGAAAAGCAAUCGCCCUGCCAACAAUGCGACAGUUGAGGUCUGGGGGAUUCCCCUGAUGUUACUGGUCACAGGUACCUUGGGAACCCCCACUCACGUCAAGUUUGCUAGGCGAAGCUAUAGUGUAUAUCUCCACAUAGUAUUGCUUGCUAUCGCCACCAGCAUGGCUGCCGCACAGGAUACCCAGUAUCUUUGGGGCCUUUGGCACCACCCCCCCACUUUGGCCCCCUUUUCUGCGGCUUCCCCUGCGUCACCCAUGGUAUAUACUAUCAAUCAGACUAUCCUAGACCUCCUUCAUAAGCAUGUUUCACGUACCCAUUAUGAUUUUAACCUCUCCUUCCUGCUUACUUCCGAUACGAUUAUACUCUCUUAUGCAAACUUAUCCAUCACCAAAGAAAGGGCCAACCUGACAUUCCCAUUGCUGGAAUUUGUUAAUUGGACACGCCAGGAACGUGAGGGUACAUCCAGGGUCAAUUCGUCAGAAGGAUUAAAAAAACCCCAAAAACCUGUCUGACCCUUAAUGAGGCGCGGUGGCCCAUACUGCCUGACUGUAAUAAAGAUUUCCAGGCCCCAAGGCAUCCGUCCUUUGAAUCCUGCUCUAAUAUUCCCAGAAUGACUAACUAGAAGCCUCUAAUAUUCCCAGAAUGACUAGACUAGAAGAACUCUUCUGGCGCCGCUGUGUCCUGGUUGUGCAUCCCUACCCUGUAACACAGGAGGGAUGGUGGCUCUGGACCACUCACCCUAGAAAGGAGGGUAAUAUAUCCAAAAUCCUAAAUUACUCGGUGGAAGCCGCCUGGUUGUCUAUGAGUUACUGCAAUGAGCCUCAAUCUAACCUCCUCAAAUAUACUUCCUCCAUAUUUGCAAAACAUCAGCUCUGUAACAUAAUGGGAGCAUGCUUAGACCUUCGCCCCUUCAUGACACUUAAUCAGACAUUGUCCAAUACUUCCACUGCCACCGGGGCAGCCAAUAAGACCCACCCGCUCAACAAGGAGAUCUGUGUAGACCCUUCGUUUGUCUUUGUCCUCUCCCAUCGGUAUUCCUUUUAUUGUAACUCCUCUGCUGAUAAUGAGACCAAUGAGACCAUCUGCACACUGUCCAACUGCUGGAAUGGUUACCCUAAUUUCGCCAUUCUAGCUUACCACCCAAGUUAUCUUUGGAUUCCCGUGCAAGCCCAGGACUGGGUUGGACCGGUCUCACAGCAGAUCUCGCUCUCUUCCUUACCAACCAGAACUAAAAGAGGGAUAAAAGAUUGGUUGUGGCAGGCAGCGGGGGUGGUCUCUUCUUUGUUUGUCCCUGCAGUGGGACAGGCUGUUUUGCAGGCAUGGACCUCCGACCAGCUUGCGUUGACCAUGGAGGCGGUCAAUCGGCUGAGCAACGCCACACGGGAAACCAUUAGAGCCCAGGAACAACAGAUAGAGCUAAACAGCCAAGCAAUACUCCGGCUACAAGAAGAAAUCCAACUCAUCGGACAAGAGAUCGAUGCCCUGUGGCAGGUCGCCACUCAACUUUGCGACCAGAGGUGGCUGUCCUUCUGGGUGUGCGUCACUCCCGUUCGCACCAACUUGACUGAAACCACAAAAACUAUGACCGCGUGGUUACAGGACACUUAUCUGCCAAAAUUUCAUAAUCUGUCUGUGAUUGUUAAUCACGAGUUAAAUGAGAUAGAAAAGGUUCAAUUAAACCCAGUUAGGUUUGAUUUGUCUACCCUGAGGGACGUCCUAAAAGGUUUGUGGGACCAUGUCGCUUCCUGGUUCUCUUGGCCCAAUUUGACUACUUGGAUUCUGAUUGUUGUUGCCAUACUGGUGGGGUUGGUGCUCAUCAAAUGCUUGCUAGACCGCUUGAUGCAAACCCAGCAGCAGGUCAAGUUCACAGCUAUGGCGUCAAUGCAGCUGGUGGAGGGGGGCCCAUCCGGUAGCCAGGCGGCUGCAUAUCUCCUCCAUGUCGCAGAGCAUCAGUUAUAAAAUGCUGGAUGGGUGAGCCAAAGACGGGUAAGACUGAGGUACCCCACCUUGCUCAACCUAAGACAGGCCCCAUUCCACACAAUGACAGCAAGAGGCACCAAGGUGCGAGACCAAUGGUACUGCAUGACACUCUACUCUUGGGGGUGUAAGAGAGAGGUCAGACUAUAUGCCUGUAUGCAUCUAGGUUUCAUCCUAAAUACCCUAGCCCCACGCAAAGGGAUGAGGCUUGAAGGUUCCUUUGGACACAGGGGUGGCCAACCUGUGCCUGAGGGUAGCCACAGAGCCAUACACAGCGGGGUACAGACCACUGUAGUCACUUGGAAGACCUCGCUGUCAUUUGCUUGUAAAUAAGAAAGGGGGAGAUGUUGGGAGCCUGUCAUGUUAUUCAUGAGAGCAUAUUCAUAAGAUGGCACCCGCCUGCCGCCUCUGCUGCUCCCCCGCCCAUCAUGUGCCCAAGAUGGCACCUACAUCCUGCUUCCGGGUUCUUGCUCAGCUCACCGCCACCGCCAAAUAUGGUAGUCAUUGAUUACUUCCCCAUUAUCACCCAAUUGCCUGUCCCCACGUGUAAUCUCAUGGUUGGAUAGUACUAGCCUUAUAAGCUUAGGCAUAGGAAGUGCUCGGGGCACAACACGGAAGAAGCCGUCGAGGACGGACAUGUAUUGAGGUUGCUGCCCAGUCAAUAAAGGUGCUUGCAGAGGCUGA